AAUCGCUCACACUACACCCGCUCUAUAAACUGGAACUAUGCCGCGGGGCCGACCACGAAAACAAAGGAUUAAAGAUGACAGCGAAAUCGAUGGAGGUCAGGGAGCAAGUUCAGAGAGCCAGAAACAUGCAGAAACCAAAUGUAAUAUUUGCUCCCAGAAUUUCCCUAGUGAGAGUCAACUUCAGAGACACCUGCGAGACCAUGAAGUCAAUGAUAAGCCAAAUCGGUGUGACCAGUGUCCGGCGUCCUUUAAUGUGGAGUAUAAUCUUGACCUUCAUAAAUCCACCCACACCACCAGUGAACUCAAAUGUCCAGUAUGCCAAAAGAAGUUCUCAAGAGUGGCUAGUCUGAAGGCUCAUGUGAUGAUACACGAGAAAGAAGAGAACUUCCUGUGCUCUGAGUGUGGAGAUGAGUUUAUCCUGCAGAGUCAGCUUUCAGUGCAUCUGGAAGAACACCGGCAGGAACUCAGUGGAGCAAAGUCGUUCACCUGCAAGACCUGCAGCAAAGAGUUCGUGACACAAAACCAGCUCAGAGAACAUUUGAAAAGCCACGCCAAGAUCAGGCCCAUUAUUACAAGUUCAAGAAACUACAAGAACAUUGAUCGAAGGGGAUUCAAGAACAUUUGCCACCACUGUGGGAAGACGUUUAAGAAACCCAGUCAGCUAGUUCGACAUAUACGCAUUCACACAGGUGAAAGGCCUUAUAAGUGCUCUCACUGUGGAAAGUCCUUCAACCAGAAAGUAGUGCUGCAGACACACAUGGUGCGGCACACAGGGGAGAAACCUCACAUGUGUCAGCAUUGUCCUGCAUCUUUCUCCCAAAAAGGAAAUCUGCAUUCACAUGUUCAGAGAGUUCACUCUCAGGCGGCUGGUGUUCCUCUCUUCCCAUGUAUGGACUGUAGCUGUGUGUAUAAAAAGCUUGGAAGCCUUAAUGCUCACAUCAGCAAAAUGCACAUAUCGGUAAUGGAAGUGGAAGAGCCAGCAGCACAGAAAGGAAAUGCACAGGUUGAUCAGAGUGCAGUGGGGUCUGAAGGGCCAGAGGGUGUGACAGAUGUGAUCCAACAGCUGCUGGAGCUUUCUGACCACGUGACGGCAGACAGUGCUCAGCCACCUCCACCUGGGCAAACCAUAGGCACAGCCAUCAACCAGGACAUCCUACAGCAAGCUUUGGAGAACAGCGGACUGACUGAGAUUCCUGUUCAGCCUGAAACUCAGAGCAGCUCUGAAAAGCUUCAAUCGGACACAGUUUCCCCGAUGGCCACUUCAACAGAUGGACCAGUCCCUUCAAAAAUACUCAUGACUGACACCGUUGUGAAAAAGGAGAAAAGGAGCAUUAUCAAAAAGCCUCCACAGAUGCUAGGCACCAUCAGGCAGGAGAAUGGUGUAAGGUGGCACGGUUGUCCGUACUGCUCCAAAGAGUUCAAGAAGCCUAGUGAUCUGGUGCGUCACAUCCGCAUUCACACUCAUGAGAAACCUUACAAGUGCAAGCAGUGUUUCCGUGCCUUCGCGGUAAAGAGCACUCUGACUGCUCACAUGAAGAUCCACACUGGCGUUAAAGCUUUCGAGUGUCAGCACUGCAAGAAGUGUUUCUCCACGUCUGGGAGCAUGAAGGUCCAUCAGCGUCUGCACACAGGUUUAAGGCCAUUCCCUUGCCCUCACUGCGAGAAGUACUUCCGUACAUCAGGCCACAGGAAAACACACGUUGCCUCUCACUUUAAGAGCACACACCAUAAAAAACACAAGUACCCCCGAAAGCCUCACAAAACCAGAGUGUCCCGGAGCAAUCUGCCUUUGCCUGAUAUUCCUCUCCAAGAGCCGAUACUUAUCACAGACAUGGGACUCCUGCAGAACCAGAGCUCACGGGCCACCUUGCAGUAUCUGGACAUUGUGGAAAACGAGCGCCCAUACAAGUGCGGAUACUGCAGUAAAGCGUACAAGAAGUCAAGUCACCUUAAGCAACAUGUUAGGUCACACACAGGUGAGCGGCCGUAUAAAUGCCUGCAGUGCAGUAAAGGCUUUGCUUCAUCUGGCGUGCUGAAAGCUCAUAUCCGCACACACUCUGGCCUCAAAGCCUUCAAGUGUUUAAUAUGUGACACCACCUUCACCACCAGCGGGAGUCUGCGACGCCACAUGACUACACACAGCGACAUGCGGCCCUACAUGUGUCCCUACUGCCAGAAAACCUUCAAGUCCUCCCCCAACUGCAGAAAGCACAUGAAAACACACAGGUAUGAGCUGGCUCAACAGCUGCAACAGCAGCAGGGCUCCACUGACAUGCAGUCGACUGCAGUUGUGGACGGCACUGAGACCCAGAGCAUGCUUGAGGUGGUGGCAGACGUGCAGCAGGUGACACUGGGGGAAGAUCCACUGCAGGAAACAGAAUCCUUUGUGAGUGCCCAGCAUGCGCUACCUCAGUUUGAAGCACCAGCUCUGCCUCAGUCCACUUUUGAACAGCCCACUAUGACACAAGGUUUCACUAUAUCUGAAGGAUUCGCCCAGCAGGCACAUUUCUCUACAGUACAGCAGCUUCAGGACUCAAGCACACUGGAGUCACAAGACUUGACCGCCAGCUACCAUCCUCCCAACCUUCUGCAUGUAACACACACCGAGACGAGUGGUUUAUUACAAGAAGCUAGUCAAGGAGAACUGCAGCUUUCUAUCCAGACACAAAGCUUCCAGGAUGAGGAUGAGCUCAGCAAGAGAGUCUAUCAGUGCAGUUUGUGUGAUAAGGGUUUCAAAAAGUCCAGUCAUUUAAAGCAGCAUGUCCGCUCUCACACCGGAGAGAAACCGUAUCGCUGUAACAUCUGUGGGAGGAGCUUUGUGUCCUCUGGGGUGCUCAAAUCACACCUGAACACACACACAGGGGUGAAGGCUUAUAAAUGUAAUGUUUGUGAGACCUGUUUCACCACUAACGGUAGUCUGAACCGGCACAUGAUCAUCCAUUUGAACACAAAACCCUUCAAAUGUAUGGUGUGUGAUGAGAGCUUCCGCACCGUCAUGCUGCGCAGGAAACACAUAAGACUCCUGCACGCCGUAGAACCCAAGGUACUGACAGUUCUUGAAACCGAUGAAGCUGGAGAGGAGGAUGAUGGGUCAGAUCGCUCAGGGCUGAAAAGAAACCGCAACGGUAUCAUCACGUUAACCGAAGAGCAGACGGCAGAGCUGGCGAAGAGAGACCCAGGGGACGAGGCGUCUCUGUCAGAGAAGGUUCUUGCCCAGACAGCUGCCGAACGAGAUCGUAUUAGUGAAGUAAAAGAUAAAUGUGUUGAGCUCAACACUGAGCCCAAGUUUGCAAACCGCUGCCAAUACUGCCCAAAGAGUUUCAAGAAACCCAGUGACCUUGUCAGGCAUAUUCGGAUCCAUACAGGUGAAAAACCGUACAAGUGCGAUGAGUGUGGGAAGUCUUUUACAGUGAAAUCCACACUGGACUGUCAUGUUAAGACACACUCAGGGCAGAAGCUGUUCAGCUGCCACAUGUGCAACACAUCCUUCUCCACGAAGGGCAGUCUCAAAGUCCACAUGCGAUUACACACAGGCUCCAAACCCUUCAAGUGCCCUUUCUGUGAUCUCCGCUUCCGUACAUCAGGCCAUCGCAAAACUCACAUCCAGGGUCACAUGCGCUCGUCUGACCGCAAGUCCAAGCGGAGCUCCAGCGCUGAGCCGCAGAACUCAGAAAGACAAGAAGUGCAGAGCGUUCCUCAGUCUCAGCAUCCCUCCUCCGCCGUGGACACUCAGCAUUCUGUGGGAUUACUGCAGAGCUCCGCCACAGAUCCUAGCAUUUACAUCCCAGCAAACCCAGUGCUCACAGGCCAGUAUGAUCACAGUCUGCUACAGCAAGGGUUAGUCGGACAAGCUAUCCUGCCUGCUACUGUGUCAGCGGGUGGAGAUCUGACUGUCUCUUUAGCAGAGGGUCUUGCUACACUUGAAGGGAUUCACUUGCAGCUGACACCUACAAAUCUGGUGUGUCCAAAUGUCCAGAUCUCUGGGAUUGACCCCAGCAACAUCAACAACAUCACUUUGCAGAUUGACCCCAGUAUCUUGCAGGGCAGUUUGCUUUCUCACUCUCUGACGGCUGACUCAGGUCUGACGCCACAUGCGACCGCUCACCUCAUGACUGCUGGAGACGGUUCGGUUCCUGCCAAUGUGGUCAUUCACCCUCUGGGUGGCCUCUCGCUGCAGCCUCCACCCGCUCCAGCCAGCGUCACCAUCAGCAGCCUGACAAACGAGCAGGAGAACGCAGGUUCUCAGGAGCUGACACAAGUGUCCAGUACUGCAGGUCUGCAGGUGAGCGGAGGCAGCAGUGCUCCAGAAAUCACACUGACCAUCAAUAACUCCACUCUCACACAAGCUUUAGCACAGAGCAGUGCUGCUGUGUCCACAGCUGCCCACAGCGCACCCGAGAUCACACUCACUAUAGCAGGUCAGGACCUGUUACCCCAGCACUGUCCGACAUCUACAUCCAACAUGAGCACUGGGAUCAGACUCACUCCAAGCAGCAGCAGUUUGACAUUAACCAAUGAGCAGCUCCUUCCUCACAGUCCUCCUCCUUCAGCCAUGACCGUCAACGCACUGGCACCCAGCACCUCGCUAUCCCAGACGGGCUUGUCAACUCAAAACCUGGUGAUGUCACCAGCGGGCAUGGUCAGUGAUGGCAGUGUGACUCUGACUCUAGCGGACACACAGAUUCUGGAUUCAGUCUCUCUCAACCUGAACACACAGAUGAUGGAUAGCCAGCUUGAGGAGAAGGAUGCGGAGGCACGGAGGAAGCACCAGUGUUACUACUGCGGCGAACUGAUGCUGACAGCAAAUUCUCUGAGAAGACACUGCAGGCAGACGCAUGGAAAAGACCGCUGUCAUGUAUGCCAUGUCUGCAAUAAAGCCUUCAAACGAGCAACGCACCUCAAGGAGCACGAGUAUGUUCAUAAGAAGGGGCCCAAAGUCAAUUCCAAGCCCAGAAUGUUCAAAUGCCCAAACUGUGACAAAGCCUUCGCUAAACCCAGUCAGUUAGAAAGACACAAUCGCACACACACAGGUGAGCGGCCAUUCAAGUGUCCGCUGUGUGACAAAGCGUUCAAUCAGAAAAGUGCUCUGCAGGUGCACCGAGUCAAACACACUGGCGAGAAGCCCUACAGAUGCGAAGUGUGCACUAUUAGCUUCACACAGAAGAGCAACAUGAAGCUGCACAUGAAGAGAUCGCAUGGGUUUCUGCCGUCUUCCAGCAAACUGGGAAAAACAGAGGAAGUCGAAGUGGUGCUGGACCAUGAUUCUGACUCCGAUUCCCAGCAAGCUUCAUCCCAGGAGGGCAGAGAGUCUCGCUCGGCCCUGGAUCUGGAGGAGGUUGGACAGGAGUCUUCAGGAGACUGGCAGUGCCGCAUUCCCACCGUCUUCCCAUGAACACCUUCACUUAUCAUUGGCUUAUAGUUUGACAUGUUACUUUAGUUUUUUUUAGUUCACUGAGUGUGACUUGCAUUUCAAAGUCAUGGAUUUAUUUAUGUGAAUGAUUUCUAUUGCAUAAUGAAUUAUACAUAACCCAGUGGAAGACAGAACUUGAUGUUUGCAAGUUCAGCUUUUAAAUACGCUUUAAGUUAAGGACUUUUUGAUAGAGCCAUAUUCGUCACUGCUAAAGUAAAGAUUGUAAUUGUGUAAUGAAAGAGACAGUGUAUAGUUUUCGUUUGUAUCUCUAUCUGUGGUUCAACUAAAGCACCUAUCUAGACAUUGCUGUCUGCCGUUGUCAGUGUGUCAGACUGUAUAAAUCUAUUGUACUAGAGCUGUAGAACUGCUUAUUAGAUCCCCAGUAAUCUUGGGUAAAUCUGUUUUAUAGGAAUGAACCGAUUUUGGCACACAUUUUUUUGUAAGAUGCAAAA